UCGUUAGGCCCAGAGAUGGCUCUUCCCCCAAGAGGCAGGACAAUCUUUAACCUCCUCCUCUGCCUCUAGACUCUGGGGAGGUCCGGGAGGGCAGAAAGAGACCUCUCACACCCCACUUGCCUGGAGAUACCAACCACAUGCCCCUGGAGCUCCCUGCCUGGUGCCCAGGGGUGCCCUGCAGAGCAGCGCAGACGGGUCGUGGGUCGGCAUGGCAGAUCCCAGUGAAGGCCCCCACACCGGGCCUGGGGAGGUGGCCGAGAGCCCCGUGGAUGAGAGCGGCACCCCUGGCGGUGAGGCCUUCCCCCUGUCUUCUCUGGCCAACCUGUUUGAGGGCGAGGAUGGCUCCCCUUCCCCUUCCCCUUCCCCAGCUGACCCUGGCCGCCCCACCGCCCCCGGGGAUGCACGACCGAACUUACGCAUGAAGUUUCAGGGUGCCUUCCGCAAGGGGGUGCCCAACCCCAUCGACCUCCUGGAGUCCACCCUGUAUGAGUCCUCGGUGGUGCCAGGACCCAAGAAGGCACCCAUGGACUCGCUCUUUGACUAUGGCACCUAUCGUCACCACCCCAGUGACAACAAACGGUGGAGGAGAAAGGUCAUCGAGAAGCAGCCACAGAGUCCCAAAGCUCCUGCGCCACAGCCACCCCCCAUCCUUAAAGUCUUCAACCGACCAAUCCUCUUUGACAUCGUGUCCCGGGGCUCCACUUCUGACCUGGAUGGGUUGCUUCCCUUCUUGCUGACCCACAAGAAGCGGCUGACUGACGAGGAGUUCCGGGAGCCAUCCACGGGGAAGACCUGCCUGCCCAAGGCCCUGCUGAAUCUGAGCAACGGCCUCAAUGACACCAUCCCUGUGCUCCUGGACAUCGCUGAGCGGACGGGCAACAUGCGAGAGUUCAUCAACUCGCCAUUCCGGGACAUCUACUACCGAGGUCAGACCGCUCUGCACAUCGCCAUCGAGAGGCGCUGCAAACACUAUGUGGAGCUCCUGGUGGCCCAAGGCGCCGACGUCCAUGCCCAGGCCCGGGGCCGCUUCUUCCAGCCCAAGGAUGAGGGAGGCUACUUCUACUUUGGUGAGCUGCCCCUGUCGCUGGCAGCCUGCACCAACCAGCCCCACAUCGUCAACUACCUGACGGAAAACCCACACAAGAAGGCCGACAUGCGGCGGCAGGACUCCCGUGGCAACACCGUGCUGCACGCGCUGGUCGCCAUCGCGGACAACACCCGCGAGAACACCAAGUUCGUCACCAAGAUGUAUGACCUGUUGCUGCUCAAGUGUGCCCGCCUCUUCCCUGACAGCAACCUGGAGGCCGUGCUCAACAACGAUGGGCUCUCACCCCUCAUGAUGGCAGCCAAGACGGGCAAGAUUGGGGUCUUUCAGCAUAUCAUCCGCCGGGAGGUAACAGAUGAGGAUACGAGACACCUGUCUCGCAAGUUCAAGGACUGGGCAUAUGGGCCGGUGUAUUCCUCACUGUAUGACCUCUCCUCUCUGGACACGUGUGGGGAAGAGGCCUCUGUGCUGGAAAUCCUGGUGUAUAACAGCAAGAUCGAGAACCGCCACGAGAUGCUGGCCGUGGAACCCAUCAACGAGCUGCUGCGGGACAAGUGGCGUAAGUUUGGCGCUGUGUCCUUCUACAUCAACGUGGUCUCCUAUCUCUGCGCCAUGGUGAUCUUUACCCUCACCGCCUACUACCAGCCACUGGAAGGCACCCCCCCCUACCCGUACCACACCACUUUGGACUACCUGAGGCUGGCUGGCGAGAUCGUCACACUCUUCACCGGGGUGCUGUUCUUCUUCACCAACAUCAAAGACUUGUUCAUGAAGAAAUGCCCAGGAGUGAAUUCUCUCUUCAUUGAUGGCUCCUUCCAGCUACUCUACUUCAUCUACUCCGUGCUAGUGAUUGUCUCUGCGGCCCUCUACCUGGCGGGAAUUGAAGCCUACCUGGCUGUCAUGGUCUUUGCCUUGGUCUUGGGCUGGAUGAAUGCCCUCUACUUUACCCGCGGGCUGAAGCUGACGGGAACCUAUAGCAUCAUGAUCCAGAAGAUCCUCUUCAAAGACCUUUUCCGCUUCCUGCUGGUCUACUUGCUCUUCAUGAUUGGCUAUGCUUCAGCCCUGGUAUCCCUUCUGAACCCAUGUGCCAACAUGAAGGUGUGCAGCGAGGACCACACCAACUGCACAGUGCCCACAUACCCCUCGUGCCGUGACAGUGAGACGUUCAGCACCUUCCUGCUGGACCUCUUCAAGCUCACCAUCGGCAUGGGCGACCUGGAGAUGCUGAGCAGCACCAAAUACCCAGUGGUCUUCAUCAUCCUGCUGGUCACUUACAUCAUCCUUACCUUCGUGCUGCUGCUCAACAUGCUGAUUGCCCUCAUGGGUGAGACGGUGGGCCAGGUCUCCAAGGAGAGCAAGCACAUCUGGAAGCUGCAGUGGGCCACCACCAUCCUGGACAUCGAGCGCUCAUUCCCUGUGUUCCUGAGGAAGGCCUUCCGCUCUGGUGAGAUGGUGACUGUGGGCAAGAGCUCGGAUGGCACCCCAGACCGCAGGUGGUGCUUCAGGGUGGACGAGGUAAACUGGUCUCACUGGAACCAGAACUUGGGCAUCAUUAAUGAGGACCCAGGCAAGAGUGAGAACUACCAGUACUACGGCUUCUCGCACACUGUGGGCCGCCUCCGGAGGGAUCGCUGGUCCUCGGUGGUGCCGCGCGUGGUGGAGCUGAACAAGAACUCAAACCCAGAUGAGGUGGUGGUGCCUCUGGACAACAUGGGGAACCCCAGCUGCGACGGCCCCCAGCAGAGCUACCCCCCCAAGUGGAGAACUGAUGACGCGCCCCUCUAGGGGCUGUGGGCGGGUCAGGGUCUCUGGCCUGCAGCCCAAGCCUGUCCCUCCACCCGCCUAUUUCUAUUCCACCUGCAUUUCAGCGAUGCCUCCGCAGGGCAUCCCUCACGUGCUCCUUUGACCUCCAGAGGCGAGGGCUGGGCAGAGAUGAAGGGGAGGCCCCAGGACCCUCUGGUCCCCAGCUCCUGCCCCCCCAGCUCCGCCGCCCCAGGGCAUGUGGCUCCUGACUGCUGGUCUCACUCCCAUGGAGUCACAUAAGCCAAGGCCAGGGCCUCUCUGCCCACGGGGGCUCGGUCCCCUGCCUCUCCAUUAUUUAUUUGCUCUGCUCUCAGGAAAGUGGUGUGACCUUCGUCCCCAAAGGGAACCUGGCCGAAGCCUCAGGACCCCAUUCCAGGUCAUUGCCAGCCAACCCCCAGCCCCAGCCUGGGGCCUGGGUGGCACAAAGCACCCUGUGGCUUUGUGAUGGGGCUGGGGCCCUUGCAGUGGGGCCGUGCCUUCGGUGUGUUCUGUAAAAGGGCUGGGGUUUGUCGGUGCCCAAUAAAUGUUCAUUCACUGAUGCUGGGGCUGGUAGGAAUCCUGAUGAGAGGAGUGGUAAUGGCACGGGGAUGAGAGCAGCGAGACGGGGGAGCUCAGAAAUGCUGGUGGGGGCAGGGAUGAGAAUGAGGAGCGGUAGUGGUGAUGGCCAGAGGCUGGACUCAGCGGCAUUUGGUGGUGUGAGCCUAGGAGACACGGGUGAGAUUGGAAGGGAGGGAGAAGAUGGAGUUGAAGGGAAUGGGGAAAGAGUAAGGUUGGCUGGGUGAGGGAGUAAUGCUGAGGGGCAGAGAAAUGUUACUGGCAGGGAGAGAACACAGGGGUAGGGGGAGUCAUGUUGGCAGGAAAUAGUAACGUUGGUAGGAGAGAGUGAUGUUUGUGGGAAAGAGUAAUACUGGGGGAGGAGAGUAAUGUUGGUGCACCAGUAAUAUUGGUGAGGAGAGAGUAAUGAAGAAGAGGAGUCAUGUUAAUGGGGAAGAGUAAUGUUGGCGUGGGAGAGGAGUGUUGGAGAGAAGAGGAAUGUUAGUGGGAAAGAAUAGUGGGGGACGGGCAUAGUGGUGGGGGGAGAGUAAUGUUGAUGGGUGAGAGUAAUGCUGGUGCAGAUUAAUGUUGGUAGGGGGAGAGUAAUGCUGGUGGGUGAAGUAAUGGUGGGAGGAGAGUAAUAUUGGUGGGAAGGGUACUGGUGGGGAGAGUAGUUUGGAUAUAAAGAGUAAUAUUGGUGGGAAGAGUAAUGUUGGUGUGAGGACAGAUGGUGAGAAAGGGUAAUUGUUGGGGGAGAGUAAUACUGGUGUGGAAGAGCAAUGUUGGUGGGAAGAGUAAUGUGGAUAGGAAAGAGUAGUAUUGGUGAGCAUGAGUAAUGUUGGGGAGAGUAAUAUUGAUGGAAAGCGUAUAUUCUUGGGGGAGAGUGGUGUUGGGGGGAGAGUAAUGCAGGUGGGAAGAGUAAUGGUGAGGAAAAGUAAAGUUGGUAGGAAGACAGUAAUGCUGGUGUGGCUUCAUGUCAGUGGGAAGAGUAGUAUUGGUGAGCAUGAGUAAUGUUGGGGAGAGUAAUAUUGAUGGAAAGGGUAUUACUGGGGGGGAAGGGUAUUUUUCGGGGGAGAGUAUUAUUAUUCCCCUGCAGGUGGGAAGAAUAACGUUGAUGGUAGGAAAGUAAUGCUGGUGCAGAUUAAUAUUGGUGGUGAGAGUAAAGCUCGUGGGUGGAUUCACAGUGGGAAGAGAGGAAUAUUGGUGAAAAGAGUAAUAUUGGUGGGGAAGGAUAAUGUUGGUGGGAGGAGAGUAAUGCACAUGGGCAGAGUAAUAUUGGCUGGAAGGGUAACGUUGGUGUGAGGACAGUAAUGGUGGUGGUUCUCCUUGUGUCUCCUUUUAGGAGAGCAGAAACCUGUCCCUGAACGACCUCCCCUCUUCUGUUAUUGGCCAGAAUAGUGUUCCGUGUCUCCUGCUUCAGCCAAUCAGCAGGCAGGAAGCCACAAAGUCCUAAAGCCCACGGGCACAUGGAGAAAGGUAGUUUCUCCUGCCAGGAAUCCAUACUGACUGGGCCUGCUAGCAGUGGCUGCAAGCCUUUUCCCAGAUGCCCACCCUCCGCCCCAAUGGCUCUCCAAUACCUGCUAAUCUCUCAGGACCCCUGAGAGGCCGAGCUGCCGGGGAUGGCAUGGGCUUCCCCCAGACCACAGGGCCUGGAAUGGGGGCACUUCCCAAGGAAAGCUGCAGUAUGGGUACCUAUGCCAGACUGGGUCGGUGCCCCCCCUUCCCCGCUCCUCCCUCUGCCUUUGCAUUUGCAAGAUAGCCCUAUGGUGUUCUCCCACUGUGCACAAAGCAGAAUUUUGCAUCCCUGGCUUGACUGUGAGUUUUGUUUUAAUCAGCGGACAUGCUUGGUCUAGGCUCCCCGAAAGGAGGCUACGAGAUCCGUGGAGUGCAGCAAGCCCGGGUGACCACAGAGGAACCCCAAAGAUGCAUGAGAAGGAAUUGUUCUCCCAUGCCGAUGAGUUUUUGCGGUAGUUACUUUUUUUUUUUAAGGGCAGGCAUCACUUUUGCAGCAACAGCUAAUGAUUGCAGAAUGUCCACUGCCCCCCAUGUUUCGGAUGAGGAAGCCAGAGCUCAGAGAAGUGAAGACUUUUGCCCAGGGCACCUGGCUGGGAAGUUGAACGCCCACAUUCUGCCCUCAGAGCCCAUCCUGGAGAGAAUGCACUCUGACCCCUGACAGGUGACCGGUGACAAGGCCAGAUCCCUCCUUUGCUCUGAAGCCCCUGGCUGUUGCCUGCCACUUUCGCUCAGCCCUGGAGACUGUCAGCUCCUGUUUAGAACCCUCUCUCUUUGAACAUAUCCCUAACUUUAUUCCAACCCAGAUUUCUUAUUAUGUGCGUGUAUGUGUAUUUAAUAAUGAUAAAGCACUUAUAUGUCAUAUUUGACAGGAGGGCUUUUUUCAUCUCAACUUUAAAGCACUACUGGGAAAUAAUUAGUGCUACUAGAGUCAAAAACAAUGGGACCCCAUCAGAAAAGACAGUUUCAGAAACUCUCAGAUCUUAAUUGAACAAUUACCGCUUAUGCCUAUGAAUACUUCAUUAUUACAUGCCCUGUUAUUAUUAGCUGUUAUUAUUGUUUUAGAUGAAUGCUGGGGAAUUUUUAAAAAUCAAAAGUCAUUUUCAACCACACUGUUCAUCUCCCCGGAACGCACACUCCUGACAUUUCCGAAUAUAAUAACGUUGUAGCCGGCAGUCUCCACACCGCCCGGAAGACAUGUGUUCUGAUCAUCAUUUCAGUUGUUUGGACGGAGCUGUUAAAGACUCCGGGCCUCUCUUCAUACUGUUAUUAAUUGUUGACUCCCUGGCAAAAGCGUUGGUGUGAGAAUCAAGCACCCCUUACCUUUUCAUUUUUAGGAGCACAAAGCCAUCAGGACAAUGGGGGAGAUCUUCGUUCACCCCAGACUCAUGAGAUGAAGCAAAAGGAGGGAUGAUGGUCGCGGCAGAGGACAGGAUGGAAAGGGCACUGGCUGCAGAGACCCAAGCCCAGAGAAUUCAGGCGAGCUGGGCAUCUUCUCUUCUUGGAGGAAACCAUAGGGGGAGGAAGCAGGUGAUCAUGUGCUGGUAGGCACUGUACUCAGUGUUUGGUGUUCAUGUCUCAGGAGCCAUGUGUGGGAACAGGAGGACAGGUGUUGGAUGUCCCUCCAGAAACCAUGUCCCCCUUCCUUCUUCGCAGCACUUGUUUUGUUCAGAGUUCUCCACUCUGCUCCACAGUCAGGAGCUUCCCUAGGCCAACCACUGUGAGUCUAUUUCCCUUACUAGGGAUUGGUUGGGGAAUUGCCACAUGAACCUAUGACUUCUGACCUAUGAGACAAAAGCAUAAGUCUGCUGAAGGAGGGGGGUCCUGGGAAAAUAAGAGAAAUCUAGGAAGAUGCUGUCUUUGCUGGGCAGUCGGGUUUGUGAUGUGAUGCCUAGAACUGCAGCAGCCAUUUUGUGACCAUGAAAGGGUUGGGUAGAAUAGAAAGUGGAAAGAGAUCUUUGAUGAUACAUUGAGCUGCUGAAUUAACCAACCCUGGGGCCACCUAUCUCUCUACCUUAGGGCUUCUUAUGAUUGUUGGAGAUAAUUUUUCUUUCUCAUUUAAACCAGCAAGUCAGGGUUUCCUGAUACCUUGCCCAAUUCCUGCAGAUACAAGAAUAUGUUUUGAUUCCUAUUUUACAGAUGAGGAAAGUGAGCCCCAAUGAAGUAAACACACUUGCCUAAGUAUGUCCUAUACACAGCCUAGAUGUGGUGGAGUCAGGAUUUGCCCCCUCUGUCUUCGGAGGAGAACCCUUCUAGGGAUUUGUAGGAUUGUCUUUACAUGGGGUUUUGGCCUUUCUAAAGCAUGAGGUCAUCAUUUCUCCACUGUAACAGCCUGUAAUGGGUUCCAAUAGGUGAGGACAGGAGAGGUUGGAUGGAGCUGGGAAUGGAACCCAGGUGCCCAGAUUCCAGCAGACAGCCUUCUCAGCAUCUCCAGGUGCUCUGUGACAUCAGAGAGUCUCGUUUGUUCUUACCCUCUACCCCCGCCUCCUUUUGGGAUGCAGCCACCGAAUCCCACCGAUCAGCCUUUGGCCUGUGCAGGGUGGGACGGCUGAUCCUCGAGUUUGGCCACCAGGGGCUGCUGUAGUCAUACCCAGUGGCCGGCUCAGCAGAGGUCCAGGGAACCUAGAACCAGCCAACUUGGUCAGAAGAGCCCCUCACUGAGCUGUCCAUUAGGAGCACCCUGAGGCUCUGAGUUCAGGAAUUCCCUCACCUCCCAACAAGGAGAGAAGGCAGCCCAGAUCUGCCCCUGGACAGUCUAGAGCCUAGUUGCUGUGUGCCCUCAGGCAAGUUGCCUUCCCUCUCUGAACCUCAUUUUCAAAAUCGGGGUACACCCCCACUUGUCAAAGGAGGGAUUCCUUCACUUUCCUUGCGGGUCUCUUCUCUCCUUUGGGCCUAGCACAACACAGUGAACAAAGACCAGUUAGGAUGUGGUGGCCCCAGAACUGAGGCCCAAUGACUCCAGGUCAGGGUUAGAGUCCAGUCUUGCUCCACCAACUGGGGAAACUGAGGGCCACACAUCACCAGAGAGAAGGAGCUUCCUCAGUUUCCCUAACUGCAACACCAGAGGUAGGACUCUAUAUUUCCUGAAGUAUUGUUCCUUGGGAUGUUAAUGGAUAGAAACAAAAACUUAGGUGAUCAAAAAUAUUAGGGAAAUGCUGGGUUAAAGCUAAAAGGGUACCUUGCCUGAAGGACUUUUCAGAGCCUUUAAUAUGCUAAUAUUUGUGCAGCUCUAAGGUGGGGGAAGGGGGAUGCAUCUAUUUCUUUAAUUCUUUUAACCUAGAAACCCAUUUUCCAAGGUGAAAGCAUCUGGACCAGGUGAUGACAGAAGUAACACGCCUAAAUUUGGGGGCAUCUUCUCCCAAGGAGACUCUGUCCCCUAGGGAACCUGACCACCUGUUUCCAACAUUCAACCCCUGGUGGUUGUAAUGUGCUUGCUCUUUGCAGUGGAAAAAGAGGCAGCUCAAAGAGGGGUGGUCACUUGCCAAAGACUGGGUGCUCAUGAGGGAACCAAGUCUGUCUGAUCCUCAGCCCCUAGGCCCCACUGCCCUGGGACUGCCUCGGGACUCAUUUGCCCUGUCAUCCUGAUCACACGUCACCUGUGGACAUCCCAGGUCUUCAGAGGCCACCACCUCCUCUGAUAGAUUUGGAAUCGAGGCUCAGGCCACACAAGUCCACCCAGGGUCACAUACGGUGUCAAGGAGGGCCACUUUUUCUGCCCCCUCCCCUCCCACUACCACUCUUAGGGAGCUGGCCC